AUGAACCUGCCACUCGACCAAACGAUGCCCGUCAGCAAUCUUCUCUCGGAGCAGGUACUACUAGGAGGCACAUAUGUUGACACAGCCAUCGAAGUCUCUGAAGAGCUUUUCCACAUGAACCAGCUUCUGCCACUGGUCAAGCUCCUGACCCUGGUCUACAAGAUGCGCUCACCGAACCCCGGUGAGGAGUAUCACAUGAACACCCUUUUGCGGACGCUUUCGAGCGACAGCCUCAACAAGACAACCACGGACCGGCAUCCCCAAGGAUUCAACAGAGACGAAAUCGUUCGAUCGUUCGGCAGUUUCCUGAGUCCCGUUCUCAACGGCCUGACAGGCCUCGGCGACUUUGAGCAGGCCGUAGGAGCCGGCGAAGACCCUGACUUGUUCCGCCAAUUCUGGGCGCUCGACGACAGAAACCUGCUCUCUGACGCCGCCUCCGGCAGUGGCCCCUUCACCGCGAGCACAGAGACAAUCAUCCCGUUCCUCGACGUCUUCGUUAAGGACCGGAGCCGCCGCAUUGCAUUGACCCACGAUCAUGGCGCCCUCGUGCUAGUACCAAAUCAAACGAGGCCUGGUGACGAGGUCUGGAUGAUGUCCCGCGCGUCGUCUUUGGUUGUCGUGCGCAGACAUGACAGACCUGAGGACUCGUCGACGGAUAUGAGCGUCCUUGGCGAGGCUUACAGCCAUGGGUUCGUCAAAGGGAAGCCACCGCGGGGCUGCAAGCGCAAGGCCUACGACGACCUGGAAUUCUUGACGUCCUCCGUUGCUGUUGGGCUCGCUGGCGGUGUCCCAAGGUAG